GAGAUGCUCCAUUCACACUUGGGUAACUUGCUCGUCACAGUCUAUCCAGAUCUCUCUCCACAUCUGCCACCAUGACUCGUUAUUUCUGCUGUGGAAACUACUUCCCAGGGUAUCCUUGCUAUGGAACCAACUUCCAUGGCACCUACAGAGCCACCCCCCUGAACUGUGUUGUGCCUCUGGGUUCUCCCCUGAACCAUGGCUGUGGAACCAUCUACAGCUCCCGGAACUUCUGUUAUGGUGGCCUUAGUAACUUUAACAAUCCAGGCUGUUGCUAUGGCAGCAGCCUUUACCGGCCAUGGGGCUCUGGCUCUGGUUUCGGCUACAGCACCUACUGAUGGACCAAUGACUCCGAAGACUACAGGACCCUUUUUAACCAGUUAUCUUCACAAGGAGCAACUUGAACAGCAAUGUAUGCCCUCCAGCCUCCCAUGUGUUUGGAAACUGCAGACCACUCACUGUUGUCUGGUUCAUCAGUGAUGCUGAGCAGGACACCAGUGCCAAGCUGAAACUCAACUACAGCUGAGAGAAGCAAGACAGUUUUUUAAACAAGUGACUGAAAUCUAGCUUACCUCCAAGCUUGUUCUCAUAUAUGAAACUGCACCAACCUAAAUGUAUAUCCAGUUGGGGGGUGUGGGUAGGGUCUUACUGUUAGUCUGCCAAUAAAUCUGACUCAUCCAGCAUGCA